AUGCACCGACAACUAGAGCUAGCGCCGACGUAUGUUGUACAAUUGGAUGGUAAGAUUUUGGUCAAUGCAUACGCAGUGGGCGACGUGGACGGCGACGGAGCGACGGAAUUGCUUUUUGGAACUCUAAUGGGUAAAGUCUCAAUAUUUAAGAUUAUAGGGGAUCGCCUAUCACUCUGGAGAAGUUGCGAGGUAAAUGGAUCCGUGACAUCCAUGUCCUUGGACAACUCUUUUGCCGAAGAUAUUCGAAUUGUUGUUGCGACGGCAGAAGGCAAAUGCUUUGUCUUCCGCUCUGUUGCAGGCGUUAAAGUGCUGCAAUUGUGCUCCGAAUUUGUGAGAAAUAUGUAUAUUGAUAAAAGCGGAAUUGUUAUGGGGGAUGUUAUUAAUGUGAUGCUACUAUUCAAGAAUGCUGCUCUUAAUGUCUGUGACGUGGUUCACGUAAACAAAGAGGUCAUUGUUGCUACACGUGAUGGACGUGUAUUCAUCUAUAGCGACCAUGCAAAUUUUGAUGAGCUGGCAGAGUAUACUCAGAUUGCAAAAUUGGAAAUAAAUGGCGAGAUUGAAGCGCUAAUUGUACUGCCGGCGACGUCAGAUACGCCGACUCGAGUUUUAGCCAGAUGCUUUUCUGGUGCCGUCUUUUCUAUCGCUGGACCUAACAAUGAAGGCGUGCGAAAUGUCGGACCUUGGAAUGGCCCAAAAGCUGACAAUGACAGCGUUACUUUUGUUGUAAAUGACAUCGAGUUAGGAGGAAAGCGAGGAAUGAACGCGCUUGUGUCAUUGAAUGGCCUAGUAUCGUUAUUCUCGUCGUCAGGACAAAAGCUUUGGGAAAUUCAGCUAUCAGAGCCUGUUGUAAACGCUGACAAACUCGAGAUGUCAGCGACGAGUGGAGAACGUCACGAUGCUAUUGUCGUUUGCACUUGGAGUGGUCAAAUGUACGCAAUUCAAAGCGAAAAACGACUUGUGCAAUUUCGCAUGCUGCUACCAGGUUGCUCAAUGUUCUGUGCAAAUAUUCAGGAUUCGUCUGGUCAUAUUGACCCCACGAUUGUGAGCAUUAGCACUUCUGGUACUGUUUUUGUGUAUCGUGACGUACAAAAUACCCUUGUUCAAGGCUUUGAAGACUCAACUCUGGCGGAUCAAGUGAAAGAAAGUGCAGUCUUCGCUCAGAUUGACACCCCUGUAAAGCGCAUUGAAGUCAUGAACAAGCUUCACAAGACAUUUCCACACCUACAAUUGGCUAAUAGCUCGGACGCACCAGGAGUCAACGAGCUCAUAAAAAUAAUGCUUGCAGUGCAAUUAUAG